AUGUUGCUAGAACAUUUAUUGGUGCCUGUGAUCUGCCUUGGAAUAGAAGUAUUUGGACGAGUGUUGGGUGACGAAGUGGAAAUAAGGCAAGUGGCAACAGACAAGGGUACGGAAAAUGUGACCAUUCCCUGUGGUAGUGAGCCCCUGAUGCCGGCAGUCAACGUCCAGUGGGUCUAUAGAGGCAAUCGCACGCACCAUGAAGUUCUGGUAUGUACGCUAUAUUAA